AUGACGAUUAAGCUGGUCAUUGGAGGGUUUAUUUUGCACAUUAUUAGUGCUUAUGCGCCGCAAGCGGGCUUGGGUGUGGAUGAGAAAAGAUGUUUUUGGGAGGAUUUGGACGAGAUGAUGGGAGGUAUACCGUCCACUGAGAAGCAAUUCAUCGGAGGAGAUUUCAAUGGGCACAUUGGGUCAAUUUCAGGGGGAUAUGACGAUAUGCAUGGAGGUUGUGGUUUCGGGGACAGGGACAGAGGAGGAGUUGCACUGUUGAAUUUUCCAAAAGCCUUUGGGCUGGUGGUAGCCAAUUCGAGCUUCUCGAAGAAGGAGGAGCACUUGAACAAUUAUCGUAUGAGGAAGUUCCUACUACCCUCUCAGAUCGCCAAAGUUCUAGGAUGGUGGAUUAAAAACCAGAGAUGUAGCCUUGGUAAUAGUACUAUGAAAGAAUAUGAAGCGUUCCUUCUGGUAGACAAGGUCAGAGGAACAAUAAUCAGAACAGAUAUUCGCAAGAGAAAUAACCCGUCUGCUCCUAUUGCUGCUAAGAAUCUGCCUGCUAGUAGUACUAACAACAUUCCUAUUGCUCGUGCUAAUGGGACUAGUAAAGCAGUUGCUAACACCUCUAAUGAGGGACAAGCUUGA